AUGACCAGCCCUGAGGAAGCUGAGAACUGGAGCACAGCUUCAGGGAGCACGGAAAAUGCUUUCACUCCUCUAACUUUCUCAGCCGUGUUAAGCGGAGCGGUGGCUGCUCUGCAGCACACUGGGCGUCCAGCUGUUGGUCUGUCAGCGCGGCUGCGGGUGCUGAGAAUAAAACCAGUGGCACUGCCAGACAGGCGGAGCUUUGCGGGAAGGAACGGCGUUUGUCCGCACGGCGCCCAGCGUGAGGCAGAGCUGGGACUGCGCUUGUUGAAGACGUUCAGAAGGGUUCUGUGUUACAAAACUCACUUUUCCAGGACAGCCACGCCAAUAACUUUCUUUUUCUGCGUUUCUUUUCAGGAAAUUGCAGCUUAUUUAAUAACGUUUGAAAAGCAUGAAGAAUGGCUAACAACUUCCCCUAAAACAAGACCGCAGAAUGGUUCUAUGAUCCUGUAUAAUAGGAAGAAGGUGAAGUACAGGAAAGAUGGGUAUUGCUGGAAAAAAAGGAAAGAUGGGAAAACCACCCGAGAGGAUCACAUGAAGCUGAAAGUCCAAGGAGUGGAGUGCUUGUACGGCUGUUACGUCCAUUCCUCCAUCAUCCCCACGUUUCACAGAAGGUGCUACUGGCUUCUUCAGAACCCAGACAUCGUGUUGGUGCACUACCUGAAUGUUCCUGCCAUUGAGGACUGUGGAAAACCCUGCGGCCCUAUCUUGUGCUCAAUAAAUACAGACAAGAAAGAAUGGGCAAAAUGGACAAAAGAGGAACUCAUUGGACAGCUCAAACCCAUGUGUGAGUAUCUGGGUUAUAUUUUUCUUCUCUUUGGAUGAUUAAUUUAGAGUACAGUGCCUCUCCCUGCCACUGACCUCUCUGAAGGAGUUAUUUGUCACCAUCAAAUCCGACUCGCAUCUACAUGCACUUUCUUCCUCAUGUAUUUUAUCCAUGUAUCAGCUGUCAAUUCUUUCUGCAUCAAAGUUUUUACUG